AUGACGCAGGUAGGGACCUACGGGUCGACGUCGAACGCUACGGCGGUUGCGCCACACGCACUGCCCUCAGCUUCCUCUCUUCUAAAACAAGUCGAGUUAUCGGAGGAUCUGUCGGAUGAUCCGUCUCCGAGGCUCGAAUCACAGAACGACCCCGGCAAGCACUCAGCCCGUAAACGCCGGAAAACCACCAAGGCCUGUGAUGACUGUCGGAGGCGGAAGAUCAAAUGCGAUGGAAGGCAGCCGUGUUCGAGCUGUGCAGAUUUCAACUCUGGAUGUUCAUAUGCCAGAUUGCCUCGGCAAGGGAGACGCCCUAGGUUGAAUGGCACAGAUGCAAGACCAAGCGACCUAGAGGAACUGCGCAAGAACCUGCAUGCCGCCGAAUCGCUCCUCCAGAAAAUCUCGCAGAGCAUUGAUUUCGGCACCUCCAACACCGCGGCUUCUUCCCCUCGAUCAUCCUCAAGAUUGCAGGCUGCUGUCCCACCGGCUGAACGGCACGGAACAUCUUCCAAUGCUGCUUCUGUCGAGCCCUCGGAGGAACCAGCAAGAUUCAUCACCUUGACCGAUGCCGCUAACCAUCUAGAUUUUACGAACACUGGUGAAUACGACUUUCAUGGAUUAUCGUCAGGGGCAGCGUUCUUGCGCCGGAUCACUCAGCAUCUCCCAGGGCUCUUUCGAUACGACUCCAGACUGCCAUUCCUACCCCAGCAUCAUCAAUCUUCCCCUCCCAGAUCAGUAGAGCUGCCACUUGACUUGGCGAUCUCACCAUGGCAAACAGACCAUGGUUUCUACGCAUUACCACAGCGACAGCUCGCGCGAGAUCUGUGCGACUAUGCAUUUACUCGAGCUUCUUGUAUUCUCAGAGUUGUUCACGCGCCAUCGUUCUGGAGACUGUUUGAGACGCUUUACCAUGAACGCCCACAGAAGUUCACACUAGAAGAACUGUUCGUUAUCCAAUUUCUCCAGGCUACCGGCAAUUUGAACGGAUGCCACACUUUUAUCGGCAUCGCUCUCCGAUCAGCUUUGCGCAUGGGACUUCAUCGGCACCUACCACAUACCGCUAGAACACCGAUUAUAGAUGAGACGCGGAGAAGAGUCUUCUAUACCAUUCGACAGAUGGAUAUCUACCUGGCUGCCACCCUAGGGCUUCCGCUCCUUCUUCAGGAUAAGGACAUUGACCAAGCCUGGCCAACAGAAGUAGAUGACGAGUUUAUCACCGAAAGUGGCAUUCAUCGGUCUUCACUCGAUGAAAGACCUUCUUUUCUGGAAGCAUUCAAUGCUCACGCCAGCCUAAUGCAAAUACUUGCCAAAGUUAUGGACUACCUUUAUCCGCCGACUGGGGCUGAUAAGGGGGCUGCGAACGUGACAUAUAAAAUCGCUGUUGCCAAGAUCAGAGAAUUAGAAAAAGACCUUCAUACGUGGCACGAGAAUCUCUCGUCCGCAUGGCUCCCGGGCCCGGAAAAAGAUCUGCAAAUCACCCGCAUCAAGAUUCUUCUUCGAUUUGCCUAUGCCCAUGUUCAGAUGAUGUUGUACAGGCCAUUUCUUCAGUACUAUUCUCAACAGGGGUCAACAGUGGAGACAGCCAAUGAGGGCUGCUUCGCUCUCGCGACCGCCGGCAUUAAUGUAUGCCGGAAUAUUGUCCAUAUUGGCUUGGAGAUUCGCAAACAGGCUGUACUGAUCGGUCCAUACUGGUUCAUCACAUACACGCAGUUCUUCGCAGUUCUGAGCCUGCUGUUAUACGCGUUUAACAAUCCGAACCAGCCAGGAGCCCUGGAUAUAUUUGCUGAUGCCAAACUGGGCAAGGACUGCAUUUCCAGCCUGACUCAGAAAAGUCUCGCUGCGGAUAGGGUAACUGCAGCUCUCAACUCUCUCUUUGAUCACCUCCCUGACUAUUUCAAGUCGAAAGACCGCCAAAGCCAGGACGCUCACUCGGUAUUUGCGUCAAAUCCCGGACAUUCACAACUCAAAUCUCAAAUGUUGAAUCCCCCUCAACAGCAUAUGCCGAGUUCUACAGACACUCAACCAGAAUGGUCCAUUAAUGCACUUUCAAUGCCAGGUAGCGCAUUAUCCGGAAACAGCAUCUCUGAUGCCCCCCCUGCUUACAUGCCGGGGCAUGCCCCGUAUCAUAUUCCUUCGAACGUUAUGGGCUUCCCCAUGGAGGAUCCGUUUGCAUACCCCUUACUCCCUGGUGUCAGCCUUGGUGACAACAGUUUCGGGAUCUUACCUGAAGAUGUUUUGCAACUCCCUGUCUUCGACGCCAACAUGAGUUUGGAGGAACAAUUUCCGCACCUUCAUGAUCCCUAG